AUGAACGACCCCAAGCCGGCCGAGAUAGUUUCUCAAUUCAACAACUUUUGCGAACGAUGGAUCUCUAAAGCACACCCACCUCAAUCCCCGAAAGAGAGCUACUUGAUAAAGUUCAAUGAUGCAGCCAAACGUUGCAAAGAUGCAUAUCGCACAUGGGAACAGGAAGGUAUCGAUAGCCCAUCAGCAGGUGGACUAGAUCAUAUGCUUGCUUGUGGAGAGGAUCUUAAAAGGGUCAAAGAUCAGAAGGAGACUGUGGAUCAACAAGAGAUUGAGUACCAGCACAAGUACAAGGACGUUGAGAAGUUCAUGGUGCAGGAUCUCAUGAACACACUUGGUCGGUUGAUUCCCAGGCAUCUUAUCGCCGAGUGGCUAGCCGAACAACCAGCGCCGAUGGACGAUGAGCCUCCUCCUGCCAACAUCGAAUCCGACAUUCAGUCUCCGCUCUUGUCUAGUGAGGAUCAGCAACCAGCUCUAGACACAAGUACGACAACCCCGCCACCUCACCGUGCGUACGAAGCAAAUCAGUCAAUCGAGGUUGUUCCAUUCAGAGGAGGCGAGACCCAGCAAGAUGUGAAAACACAAAAGCGAGCCAUGUCACCAAACCCUGAACAGCCUACGACGAACAAGCGUCGACGUCCCGAGUCUUCUGUGUCCUUGACCGACAGGACGAUCGAGUUUGAUGAAGUAUAUCAGCAUGGUAGAGCCACGAAAAAGUUUGUCAUAGAGUUCUAUAAGGGUGGUUAUUAUGUGGUGGAGUGCGAACAGCACAACAAGGUGUUCGCUACUAAGAGUCCGUUGAACGGCGCCAGAAGCCAUCUCAAAGGCUCAUCUCACCCGGACUCGUCCCCAACAACUGAGACGGCCAUCAGAUUGUUCGGAAGGGUGGUGCUUAGCUGCGACGAGGGUCUCAUGGAAUUGAACAAUUCUGUAGCUCUCAGGCCUUCGUAUGACGAGCAGGGCCAUCCGGAUAGUGAAUUCUAUCCUCCAGAGGAUCUGACAGAUUACCCGUUCAAUUCUCCACAAACUCGGUAUUCCCAGAGUGUCCUUGCCCCUCGGGUUGACCCUCAGCCUGGAGAGGUGUACACUGCAUUUUGGCCAAAGGAUAAACGUCACUACGCUAUUCUUAUCCUUCCAUGGGAUAACUUUCGCGCAUUGGGCAUUCCAGGAUGGGAAGGGUCGUCGCUGGAGGAUACACCACAUCUCAAGUUCCCUGAUGAAAUCCCAGCGUCCUGCGAAUACGAUCCUUGCACAGGUGCCGUGGGGUUCGCCGAUGCUUACAAGCUUGGCGGGACACAGGCAGCUCAGCGAGAGUAUCCAAUUAUGUACUUUGAUGCGGUCGAGUACCCGUGGAAAUGCAAUUAUGGAUGGGUCCCCGUUACCGAGAUGUGUCGGUACGAUCCUAGCGAUAGUAGUAUCCCCCACAAGCGCCAAGUUGAUGAGUUUCUGCUCAAUUACAAGAACUAUCAAGCCGGCAUCACUCGAACUACUGACUCAAACGAUGAGACCCUUCCCGAUGGAUCCGAUGAUACGAAUCACAGUUCUCCCGAAGUUGAACAAUCUGGUUUGUUCGUCGAUGACAAUACCCUUACUUCGAAGCGUGAUUCAGUUUGCGGGUCAGAGGGUGAGUUCGCGGAGCACCUCGAGCAGGAGUCCGUGAAGCCAGAUAUCGCUGCACCCGCCAGGGUCCCUUCUCCCGAGCCCAAUAACCGUCCGAUGAAACAGAAAAUCAUGUCGACUGAUCAAGAGCGCACUCGUGCGGUUGACGAGAAGCCGCCCACCAAACGACGAGUUCAUCGCCGAAGCAAUGAUCACUACUCGCCCGAACCUAGGAAUCCGAGGGAAGAGAUCGACAACCGGCCCUACGAGACUUGGAGCGAGUCGAAGCGUCGUGAUUCAGGGCUUGGGCUCGAGAGGGAAUGGAAUCACCAUGACUCUUCCAUUCCGCCAACUCCUAGAGCACAGUAUGCCCCAAUGGGACCGACCCCGAAUGGGCUUCAGCAGAUCUCAAAGCCGACUUCAUCAAUUGUCACACCUUCCACUGGCACGCGACCACCUACUGGCCCAAAGGCCCAUUUGAACCGGGACAGAAGCCGAUUGGCCAAGAGGGGAGGACUAUCACAUUUUAUGCCACGACGCCGCUAG